AUGAAGAUGGUCGAUGCUGGCAGCCAUCAUCACCCUGCGGGUCGUCGUCAUAUCAGCAAGGCGUGCAUGCCAUGCCGCGAGAGCAAGAUUAAGUGCGAUGGAGGACGGCCUGUUUGUGGCGUGUGCAAGGCCAAGAGCCGGAAAUGCAAUUAUGAUAUUGGCAUUGAUAAGCGGAAGAUAUCAUUACGGAGAGCUGUCGAGCUUUAUUCACGUCGUGUUGCCCAGCUAGAAUCCUGCCUGCGUCGUGUGGGCAUUGCGGUGCCAGAUCCUCCUCCCGAGGACAGUCGCAUGUUGCGUGACCUCUCACAAUCAUGGGGAGCUGAUGCUAUUGAGAAGUCAGAUACCACAGCCCAGAAUACAAAUAGCCAAGAACAACUCCAAGUCGUGGGUGACUAUUCUGUUGUCUCUGAAAACGCUCCGAUCACGGGGAACCAAGCACAAGUACCCCCCGAUACCGAGUCAGACCAAUUGCCGCUCAUUUUACCUGGUGGUGGUUCGGAAGUCCAUCUCGGGGACUAUAUCCCUUCAACCUCAAACCAGUCCCCCAGCUUCCCCCAUAGCUGGAACAUGGAUGCAGAUCUUGUCUGGUACAUGUCAACGCUGCCGUCAUUGUCCAUGGAUAUUGAUGAAUCUCUGGCCUCUGGUUCUCUACCAACCCUUUUCCCUGAUGAGAGUUCCACAGAAAGACUUAGCAACCUUACUUCCGACCCUUCAGCCACUGACGAAGACGGAUACGACGAUAGUGACGAGGAGGAUGCAGCAGGAGUAACACACCAAUUCUGUGACCGUCUAGGGACUCUGCUACCCGCACCAAGUGGGGAAUGGAGAUUCUACGGAGCGACAUCCAACUUGCAUCUGGUUCACGGUGAUCUUGCAUACAAAUCACCAGGAACCAACCACACCGUGAACACGCCUCAAAAAACCCUUGACCACGCUGGUGUCGGGCAGGUGGUCGACAAUAAGCUCAUUAAUCACUUAAUCAAUCUCUACUUUACAUGGCAAAAUCCAAGCCUUCAUGUCGUCGACCGCGAAGCUUUUGAAGCAGCGCGUGAGAAGCGCCUGACUGAGCAAGUUGAGAACGGCUUUUACUCGGAAUGUCUUGUGAAUGCCAUGUGUGCCGUAGGUGCGGCCUUUGAGAGAGUCAAGCAUCCAGAGCUUCCGAUCCCAUUGGCCGAAUUCUUUGCCACACGUGCGAAGAGCCUGCUAGACUUUGAACUGGACAACCCUCGACUUAGCACUGUCCAGGCUUUGGCAAUUCUUAGUACUCACGAGGGAGCAGAGACUCAUGACGCCAGGGGGUGGCUUUACAGCGGGAUGGCUACAAGGCUUGCCUUUGAUUUGGGUCUCCACGUGGAUCCCACGCCAUAUGUCUCAAGUGGAAAGAUGGCAAGCGAGGAAGCUCGAGUACGCAAUGUCACGUUCUGGGGAACAUUCGCAACAGACCGUAUGUGGGGUUUUUAUCUAGGUCGGCCGUUCCACAACACACUAGAGAAUGUGACGGUGCAGCGUCCAUUUGAAGACACAUUGUGGGAACCCAACGCCUUGGAGACGGCCUGGACACCUUACGGGACGCCAGCUAAAGACCAAGAGACGUGGCCGAAUGCACAAGAGGCUGUUUCUGGUCGCUGGGUCGCACUAUAUGAAAUCAUGUCGGAGCUCGGGUAUAAGAUGUAA